UGUUAUCUCUUGUACAUUAUUCUUCUGUCAAACUUCUCCUUCUCCAGCACCCCUUUGAUUGCUUAUCUAAUUACUUUUCCAUACCACAAAAAUCUCGGCCCAAUGGCGGCACUUGUCCCUCUGUUUGUUACGACUUUUGCUUUACUCUUGGCGGCUGCUGCUGCAGAUCCUGACUUGCUUCAAGAUGUUUGUGUAGCCGAUCUCAAUUCCGGUAUCAAAGUCAAUGGGUUCACGUGUAAGAGCGUGGCAAACAUAUCUGCAGAAGACUUCUCCUUUGACGGCUUGGCCAAACCAGGCCUCACCAACAACACUUUUGGUUCUCUGGUCACUGCAGCCAAUGUUCAAAAAAUACCAGGCCUUAACACCCUGGGUGUCUCUCUCUCCCGCAUUGACUAUGCCCCCGGUGGUCUUAACCCGCCCCACACGCACCCACGCGCCACUGAGAUAGCGUUUGUGCUCGAGGGUGAAUUGGACGUAGGCUUCAUAACCACAGCAAAUGUGCUCAUAUCCAAAUCUAUCAAGAAGGGUGAGAUAUUUGUGUUUCCAAGGGGGCUGGUGCAUUUUCAGAAGAACAAUGGAAAGGUGCCUGCCGCUGCGAUUGUAGCGUUUAACAGCCAGUUGCCAGGCACACAGACUAUUGCUACCACACUGUUUGCAGCUACACCACCGGUGCCUGACAAUGUUUUGACCAAGGCAUUCCAGGUGGGUACGAAGGAGGUGGAGAAAAUCAAGUCUCGGUUUGCUCCCAAGAAGUAGGCUUCUCAACUCUCAUGUAUGUAAUGGGGCUUGCUUCUUAAUUGUUAUUACUUCAUUAAGACAUUGUUGGAAUUUGUUCUUGUGAUUCAUAAUGCAUUGUGGGUGGGCUUUUGCGUUUUGAUUAUAAGAAAAAAAACACGUUUCAGUGUUC